CUAUCGGCAGUUGGUAUUUGUCUCCUGAUUUGUCCACAUCAUACCUCUUCACGGCUUUGGCCUAUAGGCAACAUGGCAUCUCAAAUUCAAUGGUUAACGAAAGCAGAAGACAUAGCGGAUCAGGUUCUGAGGCACAGUAAACAUUUCUUGCCAACGGUGGCCAGGUUGUGCCUUAUCUCUACCUUCUUGGAAGAUGGUAUACGUAUGUGGGUCCAGUGGAUGGAGCAGGCCGAGUAUAUGGACAUGUCUUGGGGCUGCGGGAAGUUCUUGGCCAAUUUGUUCGUUAUUAUCAACUUAUUUGGCCAGCUAGGAGGUUGCGUCAUGGUGUUGGGCCGAUUUCGAGUUCCAAUAGCUUGUGGCAUAUUGUUCUUCAUCGUCGUUUUACAGACGUUCGCGUACAGCAUCCUGUGGGACCUGCAGUUCCUGUUCCGGAACCUGGCGCUCAUCGGGGCGCUACUGCUGGUGCUGGCCGAGAGCCGGGUGGAGGGGCGGAGCCUGUUCGCCGGCGUGCCCUCGCUAGGGGACAACAAGCCUAAGAACUACCUGCAGUUGGCAGGACGUGUGCUUCUGGCCUUCAUGUUCAUAACACUGCUGCGGUUCGAAGUGUCCUUCCUCCAGAUAGUGCAGGACAUCCUGGGCUCGUUGCUCAUGGUGCUGGUGACGGUCGGCUACAAGACCAAACUGAGCGCGCUGCUCCUAGUGCUCCUGCUCGCCAUGCUCAACCUGUACCACAACGCCUGGUGGAACAUCCCUGACUACAAGCCCCUGCGGGACUUCCUCAAGUACGACUUCUUCCAGACGUUGUCGGUGAUCGGUGGUCUGCUGAUGAUAGUGUACCUGGGACCUGGCGGUGUCUCCAUGGACGAGCACAAGAAGAAGUGGUAGGCCCGCCCAGGCAGAUGUGGCCAGUGCAACGCAGAACUGGUUCUUACUGCGCUCUUGUCUGCACAUUCAACUGUGUCUGCCUCUAAUGACAGAUUUUUUAAAUCCUUGAGUGAAUAAAUUUUGUGUCUUUGUAAAGAAACUGUUUACCUACAAGUGACUUUGUACAUGGGCUUCUUAUUUUUUUAUGUCAAUAUAUUUUUUUUAAGAGCAUUAUGAUAUUUAAAAAUUUAUUUAGUUUUUAAUAUGUGUAUAUUUUACUGCAAUGCAACCAGACUUCAGAUAUGUAUUAUAAUAUUUUGUUCAGGACAUUUGUGAAGAGGUAAUAUGCAACAUCAUUCUAUACUUCACAUAAUAUUUAAGAGGUCAGUUUAACACCAUGUAGGGAACUAUGUACAAACUUAUUGGUGUCUUUAGUUCUUUUUUUUUUAUUAAAAAUUACAUUCGUUACAUUAUUUUGUGCAAAAUAAAGUCUGUGAAUUCCCAAAAUAA